AUGCCUGUGCUUUACCAUCUAACACUCCAAAAGCCGACGGCCAUAGUCAAUGCCGUUCAUGGCAACUUUAGCGCGCCUAGGGCACAGGAGGUGGUUGUUAGUCACGGCAGAAUCCUAGAGCUUCUCAGGCCUGAUGAAGAAGGAAAAGUUCACUCCGUGUGCACCACGGAUGUCUUUGGAAUCAUCAGGAGCGUUGCAGCCUUCCGACUGACAGGCGCUAUGAAAGACUACAUCGUCUUAGGCAGCGAUUCAGGAAGAUUGGUCAUUGUGGAAUUCAAUGCCAAAAAGAACUGUUUCGAGCGCGUGCAUUGCGAGACAUACGGGAAGACUGGCGUUCGUCGAGUAGUUGCUGGCGAGUACGUAGCUGUUGAUCCAAGGGGUCGUGCGUUGAUGGUAGCCGCCUUGGAACGUCAGAAGUUUGUCUACAUCCUCAACAGAGACUCAAAGGCUGCAUUGACGAUUUCUUCUCCGCUAGAGGCUCACAAGAGUCACGUCCUAUGCGCCGAUCUCUGUGGAGUAGACGUUGGCUUCGAGAAUCCUCUCUUUGCAACCCUCGAGCAGCCGUAUCCGCAGACAGGCAAAGCUGGCACGAAGGUUCCAGGUCGUGUUCUCUGCUUCUGGGAAAUGGACUUAGGUCUAAAUCAUGUCGUGAAGAAGGCUUCUUUGCCCGUUCCUUCUUCCGCGCAUUGUCUCAUUCCAGUGCCUGGAGGUGGAGGGAACGACGGUCCCAGCGGCGUGCUUGUGUGUUGCGAAAACGUGAUUCUUUACAAGAAGAUAGAUCACGAGGAAGUCGCGUGUGCCAUUCCUCGGCGCCUCGAGAUGGGCAGCGAUAGAGGGCUCGUGGUUGUGUCUUUUGCGGUUCACAAGAUGAAGGGCUUUUUCUUCGUGCUGCUUCAGUCCGAAUUUGGCGACAUAUACAAGGUGGAAGUGACGCACGAGGAGGGCGUCGUGAGGGAGCUGACGUGUCGCUACUUCGACACGGUUCCUGUGGCGAACGCCCUGUGCGUUCUGAAGUCUGGGUACCUCUUCGUGGCUGCCGAGUUUGGCAACCAUCAGCUCUACCAGUUCACUGGAAUCGGCACCGACGAGAGCGAUCCGCGUUGCGCCUCCUCGCAUCCCCUAGGGCCUGACGCCGUCAUCGCCUUCAAGCCGCGUGCGCUCAAGAAUCUGGCUCUCGCCGACGAGCUUCCUUCCCUCUCGCCCGUCACAGACAUGCACGUGCUCGACGCGCAGGGAACGGGAACUCCCCAGCUGUAUCUGCUCUGCGGAAGAGGCUCGCGCAGCACGCUGCGCGUGCUGCAGCACGGCUUGGCAGUCGAGGAGCUCGCAGACAACGAGUUGCCGGGGAGACCACGCGCUGUAUGGACGCUGAAGGAGUCUAACGAAAGCCUCUACGACGCGUACAUCCUCGUCUCCUUCGAAGGCAGCUCCCUCGUGCUGCAGAUCGGAGAGACAGUCGAGGAAGUGGCCGACUCGCAGUUCGUCACGAACGCAACCACGCUGCACGCCUCCCUGCUCGCCAACGACUCCUUCGUGCAGGUUCUCGAGACAGAAGUGCGACACAUGCAGUCGGGGGGCGGCGGAGUGUCUGUGUGGCGUCCACCCGGGGGGAGACGCAUCAAAGUCGCUUCUGCGAAUGAGCGGCAGCUCGCGUUAGGACUAAGCGGGGGAGACGUUGUGCUCUUCGAGCUAGACGAGACUGGCGCUCUCUCCGAAGUCGCCAAGAAGGCUUUGCACGUCGAAACGACGUGUCUGAGGCUCCAGCCAGUGCCUCCUGGACGCACGAGAGCCUCCUUCAUGGCUGCGGGGGGGCUCGACAACGUCGUGAGAGUGCUUUCGGUGGAAAAGGACAAACAGCUGAAGCAAGUCGCGACGCAGCUGCUCCCGAGCGAUGCCACGCCAGAGUCCGUCUGCCUCGCGGCGUUGCAGUCUCAAAAUGCUGGAGAAUAUGCGACUUACCUCUACGUUGGCUUGAAUACGGGUGUCAUGAUUCGUUCGUCUAUCGACCCCGUGACAGGCAGUCUCUCUGACCAGAGGACGCGUUUUCUAGGCGGUCGUGCUGCUCGCUUUCAUUUGGUGCGCAUGGGGAAUAAGAUGGCUGUCAUGGGGCUGAGCGAGAAGAGCUGGCUUUCCUUCUUCUUCCAGGGAAGGUUUCAGUGUGCGCCUCUGCACUACGAUCCGCUGGAGUGUAUCGCUUCCUUCUCCUCCGAACAGUGUUUGGAUGGAUUCGUGGCGAUAUCGGGAGGCUCUCUGCGGAUUUUCAGAUGCCAGAGACUGACCGAUGUCUUCAGUCCGUCUAUUCUGCAGCUGUCGUACACCCCGAGGGCACUUGCGGUUCUGCCGCAUGUCUCCGCCUUCUCAGGAGCUAUGAGUCUAACAGACGGGACGGUACAAAAGGUUCCAGCGCUGGCAAUCUGCGAGGCAGAUCACAACGCCUACGACGAAGCUACCAAGCUCGAGAUUCGAAGAGCAUUGAAGGGCAUCAAGCUGAAUCACGAGGAAGACACUGACGAUAUGCAGCUGGAAGGCGAUGAGCAAGCAGGAGACUCUCUGGGAACCUUUAAGGCCGGCAGCGGCAAGUGGGGUAGCUGCCUGAGAAUCGUCAAUCCGCUUCUGGCUACCACGAUUGAGAAGUUGACUUUCGAAACAGACGAAGCAGCUAUCAGCUGCUGCUGUUGCGAGUUUGAAGGUUUGCCGCUUCUCAUCGUGGGAACCGUCACAGCCAUGACGCUACGGCCGAAAGCGGUUGCUGCUGCAUCCAUCAAGGUGUAUGCAUACGAUUCGAACUUCCGUCUGACCUUCUUGCACUCCACUCCCGUGGAAGACGUACCACAGUGCUUUGCGCCCUUCCGCGGGAUGCUUCUCGCUGGCGUCGGUAAUCGUCUUCGUCUAUACGCCUUGGGAAAGAAACGCCUUCUGAGGAAGUGCGAAUACAAGAACCUGCCUUCGGGGUUGGUGUUUCUGCGAGUCUUCGAAGAUCGCAUCUUCGCUGGCGACUUGAGCGAAAGCGUCCACGUGCUCAAAUACCGUGCAAACGCAAAUCUCUUUUAUGUGCUUUGCGACGACUCAGGCCCAAGGUGGCUUACACGGGGUGAAGUGCUAGAUUAUCAUACCAUCGUCGCUGCAGACAAGUUCGACUCUCUCUUCAUUGAACGCGUGCCGAGCGAGGCUCGGCAGGAUGAGGCAGCAGACGUAACGGGGCUGAAACUGCGCGGAGAUACCGCGUACAUGACCGACAGCUGCCACAAACUCGACACGGUGCUGCAGUUUCACGUGGGGGAGAUUGUAACUGGCCUCCGCCUUGCGGCGCUGAGCACAGGUUCUGCCGAGGCGAUCGUAUAUGCCACCAUCAUGGGGACCAUUGGCUCAAUGGUUCCUUUCCUCAGUAAAGAAGAGCUGGACUUCUUCCACCACUUGGAGAUGGUGAUGCGCUCGGAGGCGCCGCCUCUCGCGGGGAGAGAUCACCUGAUGUUUCGCUCAUAUUAUCAUCCUCUGAAGAAUGUAGUUGACGGGGACCUGUGUGAGCAGUUCGUCUCGCUCUCCCCAGAGGCGCAGAGCCGUGUGGCACAGGACUUUGAAAAGACCCCUGCCGACAUUCUCAAGAGGCUCGAAGACAUUAGAAAUCGUGUUCUCUAA